AUGUAUGCAGGCAUAACCUACAUGUUGACGAUUGAUUCAAACACGGUCUGUGUGCCUACACAGGGCGCCAGCGAGGACAUGGGAGAUAGGCGCCGGCUGGACUUCGUCAUGGAGGAGCAGAGGCCCCUUUCGGUGGCGUUUCGGGAGGGGGCAGCCACGGUGGAGAGGCUCGCGGCGUGCGUGAGGAACGCCACGGACUCAGGGCUGUUCGGGAGGGAGCCGACGGUCACCUACUGCAGGGUGACGAAGGGAAGGAAGCAGUGCAACGGCCGACCUCCGUGCGAGCUGUGCAAUACCCAUACCGAGCCCUGGUGCAACCCCCGCGUCUACCUUGGCGAGAUUCUCUACAACGCCCACGUGGGGAAGAGCGUGUACGCCAUGCAGCUUCGUCGGUGGUUCAACGCCUUUGGAAGCGAGAACUUCAAGGUGGUGUUCACAGAAGACUUGGAGGAAGAGCCGAUCAAGACUCUAGAGGAGGUGCUCGACUUCAUCGGCCUUGACAUGGUCGACCCACAGGGGGACAAGGGCUUGCGGAACCUAGAGAUGUGGAGCGAAAUCGUCGGCGCGAGGUUCAACACGGCGGAUGGCGCCAAGAAGAAGGUUCUUGACUCACAGGUGACCCCGGAAAUGCGUGAGGAGAUGCGGGCGUUCUUCGCCCCCUACAACAGGGACCUCGAAGACUUGCUUGGAGUUCCGCUCCCGAGCAGCUGGCACGUCCAGCGAUAGAAAAGUCCGCGAUACGAAACGACCGCUGUAUGGACACCACGAUCAUUAUUUUCUCGAGACGUGACGUCAGUACCACGGGGUGACGUCAUCUGUCGACCUUGCACUUUUCACUCAAGGGAAAAUUUCUUUUGAACAAAUCGCCCCAUCAGAAAACUGCGGGCACCCUUCCUACUGUCGACAAUGCCGUUCCAAGGCGUGACGUAAUCUUUCGACCUUGCAUUUUUCAUUUUUUUUUUUUGGGAAAAUUUCCUUUCAACAAUUUGGCCCAUCCAAUAACUGGGGGGACCCUUUCUACUGUCGACAAUGCCGUUGACUAUCAACUUCAGUAUAUAUACACCACGCUAGACUUCUCGUUGGUGUCGCCAAUCGUUCGUGGUGAGGUCGUCUUGCUGAUGGCUUGCUUACAGCAGGAGGAUGUCUGUUAAUGAUGGGGCUCGUUUUUCGUGUUGUGCUUGCCUUGGAUCGCACAUGGUUCCUGAUUGUAAAUAUGGCAUUAUUUUCAUUUACUUUCUUCUUGGUACAAUACGGCUGUGUGCUUUUUCCAUUUGUCACGCACGGCUAGGCGAGAUUGUUCUUGUGUUGUUUUUGUGUUGUUCGUCGCCGUUGUAUCAGGUCGCUAGCUGGUGAAAUUAUCAGCUAGCUUAGGGUCGCUCGACCUAUCUCCCUGGUUGGCGAACAAGGCGUGGUCAGCGGGUAACAACGUAAACAUUUUGGAUUCUCAAUCUUUCGAGUUUUGGAGCUUGUGGCGUGAGGUUGGGCAUUCAUCUCGCUCGUGUACUUCUUGUUCUGCAGAUACGAUAUCGGCUUUUUUGUGUGGGGAUCCUUCCCAUUUUUCACACCAAGUUUGUGUCUGUGUUUUUGGUCGUGGUAGCGUGGGUGACUCGCAUACAAAAGAGAGAAGCUGCUGAAUACUGCCAUGUUCGACAGCCCCACUCUCUUGCAAAUUCAUACAUGCACGUUGCGAAGUUCGCUCCCCUAUCUUCUAGUUAUUGCCGUAAACCAAACUUGGUGUAGAUGAGAGCGUUGUUGGGGAUUUGGGGCUGAAGUACAUGGCACGACAGUAUCAUCGUUAACCACCUACCAGGCUAGAGGCCUCGUUGGUGUCGUUACUGGUUCGUGGCCGUGUUGUCUAAACUGGUGGCCCAGAGGAGGAGGAUAGCUGUUGGUUGGGCUUGUUUUUCGUGUUGGUGUUUGUCCUCGGACCGCGCACCUUGCUUGAUGAGCGGGGAGACACUUCAGCGCGUGCAUAGAGGAAGGAAGCGCUUCGAAGCAGGAGGAGUAUUUGGUGGUUGCGUGGAAAGGGCUGGAAAAAUAUCAAGUAGAAGGUGCUUCAGCCGGGAGGCGUUUUCGUGCCGAUUCCGCAAACAACCUCAAUGUCUCACCAAUUGAUAGUUCGCCGUGUU